GUUAGUUCAUUAACUAUUCAAAAGUGGCUGUUUAUUGCAAAUCAUAUAACACGGUGUCGUUUUAAUGUUUAUGUGGGCCCACACAAGGAGCGUAACCUUCUUCCUGCGGGAGAGAGUUUUGAUCUAGGGAGCCAUCUGCUUUGGACCCGAGCCUCACAUUUUUGCUCCCGGACCCGAGCCUCGGAUUUGCUCCUGCGUCCGCCGUUGAAAAAUUUCGUACUGCUUUCGAUCACUUAUCUCUCUCUCUCUCUCUGGUUUCGUUAAUUCUCGGAUUCGAAAACCCAAACGUAUUCUUAGAAAUUGCGGUCGGAGAAGAAAGCUUUUUUCAAGGCUUCCAUUCGUCGUAGGCGCGGCAGAAGUGAGCAACGGUUGUUUUAGAUCAAAGGAGACACAACCUUGAACUCCUUUUCUGUCUCCUUUCGGGGUCUCGAUAUUUAAAAAUAAUCUAUAGGACCUGAAUCUAUGCCUGGAAAUGAAUUUGGAGAGAGGAUCCACAAUUUCUUUGGACAGGAGGGCCUAUCCCAAGACCAGCAUCAGUCUCAGGUUGUUGACGGAAGCUGGAACAGUUUUAGUAAUGGUUUAGUUGGAAACCAGAGGCAGAUAGACCCAUCCCUUAUUGACAAUCUGAAGAGCUAUAGUACACAUCAACCUGGUGAUCCUAUGAGAGGGCAACCUUCAAAUUCACAGCAUGGUUUGAAUUUGACUCAGCAGCUAAGGCCUGAAUAUUCGAAAAGUCUGUUGCAAGAACACCAGAACCCCGCAAAUGGUUACAUGCAUGGCCGGGCAACGCGGAAUGAAGCAAAUGUUUUGGGAGUGGAUGCAGAAGCAAGUAGAGAUACGUUAUCAGCGAGAGGAUUCACUGCAGACCUUCAUAAAAGUCCUAUGAGGUUUGAGAUGGGAGGAGAGUCUCCGGUUAAUUAUGAUUUCUUUGGUGGUCAACAACAGUUAAACAGCCAGCUCCCUGGCAUGCUCCAGCCUUUUCCAAGGCAGCAGAUGACGUUCAAUGAUAUGCAACUACUUAAGCAGCAAGUUAUGGUUAAGCAAAUGCAUGAAUAUCAAAUGCAACAACAGCUUCAAAAGCAACAGCUAGAGGCCAGGCAGCUCAAUUCUUUGAAUUCGAAUGCUGUUAAUGGAAGUCGCUCAAGUGAUAAUCAGUCACAUCCUUUGAUUAAUGGCAUCCCUCUUCAGGAUGCCUCCAGUAAUUGUUGGCAGCCUGAUCUUAUGACAGGAAAUACAAACUGGAUGCAUCGCGGCAUGUCGCCAGUUGUUCAAGGUUCAUCCACUGGGCUCAUGAUUACCCCUGAGCAUGGGCAGGCCAACUUGUUGGCACAACAGUUUGAACCUUCAUUGUACGGUAUGCCUCUUGGUGGGGCAAAUGCACCCCAAAAUUCAUUUUCUUCCGUUCAGAUGAACAGGUUAGCUUCGCAGCAUGGUUCUGCAAACAGGAAUCCCCUGCUCACAAAUCAGCCAACUUCAUUUCUGAAUCAGGGUGAUGUACAGGAUAGUCAUAUGCUCCCUAGAUCCACAUUUCAGGAGAAACUGUUGUUCUCCAAUACAUCAGUUUCUCCAGGUUCAAAUAAUAGGCCGAAUUUUGAAAGUUUUCAGCCAGAGGAUUCACGCGAGAGGAACAUUUCAGUGCAGGAGAAAUCAUAUAUGAAAGUGCCUGAAAAUAUCACUGCAUUGCAGAAGUCGACAGCAUUGGAUCCAACAGAAGAGAAGAUAUUGUUUGGUUCAGAUGACAAUUUGUGGGAGGCAUUUGGAAACAGCACGGAUAUGAGCUUGACAGGAAAUCUGAUGUCGAGUAAUUCUGACCUUUUUGAUGCAUGCCCUUCUUUGCAAAGUGGGAGUUGGAGUGCUCUUAUGCAAUCUGCUGUAGCAGAAACAUCCAGUAGUGAUGCAGGCUUACAUGAAUGGGGUAGUAAACCUCAAUCUUUACAGGCUAACAACAAUACCGCCCCGCAUGCAAGUUUUCAUAUUGGUAAUAGGGCUCAAGAGUCGGGUGUCAAGGCUUCAAAUACAGUAAGUGAGGGAGUCCACAUUGAUUCCAUUCAGACAGCUGUUCAACAUAUGCGCAACAGAGGAAAUAAUGUUUCAGAUAAGUCAAUGGGUGGAAAUAUGUUUCAUUCUUCAAGUUCUGUUCGGAAGAAUGAGGGCACUGAAGAUAGACUUGGUCUCUGGAAGGCUGCUUCUAAUCCAAAUCCAGCUGCUCUGAUGGAACAGAAUAAUCAUUUCACCCAAAAUCUACCAAUGCAAAGGGGAAGCAAUGAAUUUGGCAUUACUGGUGCAGGAAAUCUUUCUAACCUUUCUAGGGAUGUCCAGGGAAAUAUCCAACAUCAUUUGAAUUAUAACUCCGUGGAGAAGGCUAUCCCUCAACUGAAUACUAGGGACGGCAGUCAGAUUCUUGAGUCAUAUGCGAGUAAUAAUGCUGGAUCAAAUCGAAUGGUAAAUGCUCGUGAUUUGUCUAUGUUGCCUGGUGGGAAAGAAACACAAUCUGGUCAUGUUGGUGUUAGGCCGUCCAUACCUCGCAAAUUUCAGUAUCAUCCUAUGGGUAAUAUUGAUGUCACUGAUGAGCCUUGUCGAGAAAAAGUUUCUCAUUUUGGGGAGUCAAAGUCACUUGGUCAGCCAGCUAUGAACAUUCGGAUUGACAAGGGACAUGUUUCACAAAACGACUUGAAUUGCACAAAUGAGGCUUUUAAAGGCACGGGUUCAGAAAACUCACCUAGUUCAUCUACUUCAGCGGACAAUCAAGUGAAAAAUGCUUCGUCAAGGCUUGAACUUCUUCACAAGGUGGACCAGUCGCAAGAGCACUCGUUGGAAACAAAUGUUUCUAGGAUCCCUGAAGCAACGUCCUCUGCAGAAUAUGGUGGUCAGUUUCGGCGUAGUCAGCCAUCUGCUUCUCAGGGGUUUAGUCUACAGCUGGCACCUCCAUCUCAACCAGCUCGCUCCCCUGAUAACGUGCACUUUUCAAUGAAUUCUAUGCAGCCACUGAAUGCACUUCAUGCUGCCCCUGAAAAAGGUGGAACAAGUCAAUCAAGGUUUGCUCCAUGGGCAUCUAAUCCAUCUUUUCCUCAGCAAUCCACUUAUCAAGGACCAGUUCCUGGAAUCCCAGGAGAAAGCAACGUUAGCUCUGGUUUACCUUAUUCCAAAGCGUAUCACCAAAAUCAACUGAUGCCACAAGGGAAGGAAAGCGAUGGCAGUGACUUUGAUCAACGUGGACAUUCAGCACAAACACCUUCCCUGCUAAAUCAAACAAUCCACAACGAUAAAGGACAUUCAGCUGAAGGAUUUCGUAUGCUGUCUGCUUCACAGCCUCUGGUUGCAUUUAGCUCUCCUCAGCCGAGUUCCUCUGCUGGUAUGAUGUCUAACUCACGAGCCGGUAUUUCAGCUCCGCAACAUCGGUUUUGGAACCAGCCAUCAAAGCCUCAGACAGAUAUUUCACGGCUGCAUCCAUUUCCCACCAACCACGUAGAUGGGAGCUUCUCAAGGCAGGAGAACAAACAUCAAUUAUCCUCCCAAAAUGGAGGAGACAUGUCAUUAAGUGGGAGGGACAUGGUGAAUAUGCAUGGUUUACAGAGUAAAGAUAUUGGUGCAAAACAAACAUCUGACGCUGCUUCGAUAUUCUCCAAAAUGGCGCAGAGCAAUCAUCAAACCUUUGGUCGCUCUCUUCCGUCAAACAACCUUCCAAAAGAUAAAUCGCCUCACGAUGAACAUAUGGCUGGAAGUGGGGAGGGUGUCGCACCCAAGAUGACUGUAAAGAGAGUUGAAGAUAGUGCUAUUCAUCUGCAAAAGGUAACUUCCAAAGGGGAGCAACAGUCACCUUCAAGAUCUGAUGGUUUAGUUAGAGAUGGAUUGAAUCACAAAGAACCGGCGAACCAAAUGCUGCAUUUUGGCCAAACGGAUUCUCAGAGUUUCGCCAAUAAGAAUCAUUCAGCCUCGGCUGGAACAGAUCAUCAACAAAUCAGUCCUCAGAUGGCCCCAUCGUGGUAUAGUCAAUAUGGGACUUUCAAGAAUGGACUGGUGCAACCCGUGAAUGAUACAGGGAGAUUCACCCCCUUGAAGACAGGAGAACAAUCUUCUAAUGUUGGGAGUUCGGUUGAUGGUACACAUCCUGUUCAAUCGUCAAAGCAGUUUAAUGUGCAGCAAAAGUCGGGAUCCGCGCCAGGAGCGGAGACUCCCUCAUCCGAGUCAUUGCCUCAUGGUGCUACUGACAAAAUUCUCAAGGUUGAUAAACCAAAGAAGCGCAAAACCGCCACAUCAGAACUUCGGUCUUGGAAUAAAGAAGUCAUGCAGGGUUCUCAGAGGCUUAAGACUCUCAGCGAGGCCGAGCUUGAUUGGGUUAGAGCGACGAAUCGAUUUGCUGAAAAAGUGGAAUUUGAGACUUUACUUGAGGAUGGCCCACCAAUCAGAUCAAAGAGAAGGCUUAUAUAUACAACACAACUUAUGCAACAACUACUUAGCCCCCCUCCUGCAACGGUGAUAUCCUCGGUUGCUAGUUCAAAUUAUGAGUUUGUUGCAUUUACUACUGCAAGGGGUACACUAGGAGUUGCAUGUAGCUCCACUUCUACCGACAGUAAUUCAACCCCGCUGUCUGAGAGAGCGAAAACUGAAACAAUCAGUGACCAGUACAUCUGUAAAGCUGCUGAAGAUUUCAUUAGUAGAACACGGAAACUAGAGACUGACUUUGCAGGACUAGAAAAUGGAACUACAAUUGCAGACUUGAGAGUCGAAGUGGAAGACCUAGAGAAGUUUGCAGUGAUCAAUCGUUUUGCGAGGUUCCACCCAUCAUCUUCAUCUAUGGACCGGACCGUAAGUCCAGUUAGGUUAAACUCACAAAGAUACGUUACCAUAGCUCCAAUGCCUCGGAAUAUUCCAGACAGCGUGCAAUGUCUCUCCCUCUAACUAUUGAUGAUUCCAUAUAUAGAAUUCAGUUUUUGGCCAAUCUUCCCGAAAUCUUUCUAUUUUUUCUUCGGGGUGGGUAGGACUAGGACUCCUUAGAACAGUGAAGGCCUCCGUUGUGAAAAAAGCCAGAGAUUUUCUGUUAAAUAUUAUGUAGCGUUACUGUAUGCAUCAUCACAAAUAUUGUAAGAUAAAUCUAUUUGUAUACAUUUUACUAAAGAAAAUUUGCUUAGUACAAA